AUGAGCCAGAGUUGGUGGACAGGUGAAAUCAAUGCAUAUGAUCCUGUUAACAAGACAUACAGUGCGUUUCAGAACGGUAAGAGGAGGAAGGACCUCUUCCUGGCGGAAAAGAUUAACUACAUUGUCAAGGACAUCAUCCCCAACAUCAUCAGUGAAUGCAAGACCAUUAGAGAGGAAUUUGUUGCAUAUAGGCUGGAGUGCCUGCUCAACGAGCCAACAACAAACUACUACUUCCGUUCAAGAUUGGUGAACACGACUGCUGCUAAUGGCAAACAGACCACAAGGGUGAGGGUCUUGAAGGGCAAGCAUACAGGCAGGACCUAUCCUCUGAUUGAUCGCAAGAGGGUAUUUGCCCCUUGGGGCUGCCCUGUCGAGAUAUCACCAAUUUGCGUAAGUCCUGAGGACUUGAUCAAGUCGUAUGUCUCUCCAAUAUCCAUAGUCAACCUGCCAAUGGUUAGAGAGACAUGUAAGUAA